UGGUAUUUGCUUGCUUUUAGGAAUCAAACAACCAAAGGAAUCUGGAUUGCUCGGUGUGCAGGCAUUGAGCCUUGCACACUUGUGUUGGAUGUGGAAGGAACUGAUGGAAAGGAGCGUGGAGAACAGCAUGAUACUUCAUUCGAAAGACAGAGUGCUCUUUUUGCUUUGGCGGUCUCAGACGUAGCUCUUAUAAACAUGUGGUGUCAUGACAUUGGCCGCCACACUGCAGCGAAUAGGCCACUUUUGAAAACUAUCUUUCGGGUCAGGAUGAAAUUGUUUACUCCACGUAAAAUAACAUUACUUUUUGUCAUUCGCGAUAAAACAAAGACACCAUUUGAAAUCUUAAAAGGGUUAUUGCUAAAAGAUAUGGAGGAGAUAUGGAAAGAUUUUACUACAUCUAAACCAGACUCCCACAAUGAGGCCGCACUAAACGAUUUUUUCAUUGUUGAGGUCGUUGCUCUUUCUAGUUAUGAAGAUAAGGAAGAGCAAUUUAAGGAGGAGGUUACGAUAUUGAGGCAACAAAUAUGCUAUUCAAUAGUUCAGGAUAAGCCUGCUCGGGACUCAGUAGUUCCUCUCUCAGACUUUCCUUACAGUUCUCAGGAAAUCUGGGAAAAGAUUAAGGCAGACAAGGACCUCGACCUUCCUUCUCAUAAGGUUAUGGUUGCUACUGUUCGAUGUGAAAAAAUUGCCAGGGAUUUAGCUGCAAAGGAGGAAUGGCAUCAAUUCAAAAAGGAUAUGAAUUGUAGCACUACUGAAUUUGUGAACAGGCUUAGUUCACAAAUUGUUGCUUGUUUGUCAGAGUAUGAUGCUGAAACCAGUUAUUAUGAUAAAGGUCCAAGAUCUACAUACAAAAAUCAACUUAAAGAAAAAUUGCUGCAGCUUUCUGAACCAGCAUUGGUAUCUGCAUUGGAGCAUAUAAGAUCUACAAUUCUGGUCGAGUUCAAGCACACAUUUAAAACUGCAUUGAAACAAGGGGAGGAGUUUUAUGCAGUUGCUAGUAGUUGCAUUGAGCUUUGUUUGUCUAACUUCGACAAAGCCUGUCCAGUUGCAGAUGUUGUGAUUGAAAUGACAAAUAAGUGCAAAAUUGGAGUAAGGAGGAAAUUGCAGUUGGAUAUUGUCUUAGUGGUUUCUUCAUCUUAUCAGGAAAAACUAAGAGAAGUCUUGUCUGAAUCCAUUGAAAAAGAACUCUUUGGUGGAGUUAUUAUAGAUCCUUGGAAAUCAAUAAGGGAAGUUCUCAGGACUGAGGUGCGACCUACUGUUUCCCAGUUAUCCACUGCACUUAUUGGACUUGGUAUAGGUCCAUAUACAAGGAAGAUGAUUGAGAAUUUAGAGGAUUAUGCAAGGAGUGUUGUAAAAGAAAAGGUUAGGGGUGAAGCUAAAAAUGUUCAAACGCGAAUGAAGAUGUGUUUUGAAAGCAGGUUUGUGAACCGUCUUUACAUAGGCAAUGAUGACAUUCCAACCGCCGCAAAGUCUGCUCGCUGUUAUUCUUUGACAUUAUUAUCUAUUUUGGCUGCAAUUCGUUUGGAUGAUGAUGAUACCGAUGACAUUAAGGAAAUAUUAGAAGCUGAAUUAUUGGAUUCGUCAUCAAGCAGUGCUAAAAGAAAAAGAAACAACGCCAAGUUUGAUCCACUGUGCCUAGCUUCUGAUAGUUGGGAACAGAUUCCAUCCUGUCGGAAACUGAUUGGACCUCGGUCAUGCAAAAAGGUGUGGGAUCAAUUCAUGCAUGAAACGGAGAUCAUUGUCUCGAAGGCACUUGAACUGGGUAAAUCCGGGUUCUCAAAAUGGUCCAGAAUUCGUAAAAUUGCCAUUAUCUCUGCUGCCACUUUAUUUGUAAGCGGAGGUGUUACAGCGGCGGCUAUAUUAGGUCCACUGGGGUUAUUACCAUUAUUACCGCUUAUCUAAAGGGCCAAGUAAGUGAAAGCCCCAAGCCUUUUAAUGCAGAGAAGACUGGGAAGCCCAAAACCUAAAGCCCAAAGUCCAACGGCAAAAAAAAAGUUACGUGAGAGAGCUAGUUUUCCAAGUAACUUGAGGGUUAUUAGCAUUGCUCUUAAUCACAAGGUCCUGGGAUCGAAACUAGCACUCAGAAGAAGAAAAACAAAAGAGAUACUCAUAGUAGUUGAAGAAAAUCUCAUGUCCUAAACUGUUCAAGCUGUGAUGAUGGUUUGAUGAACCAGAAGGGAUUAAGAGAGGGAGAGAAAUAAGUUCUUCUCAUUGUUGGAGAGAAUGAAAAAUCCCCUUAGAAAAUAUUUGUUGAGUUAUUACACCUUGUACUUUUUAUGUACUCUCACUAAAAAAUAAUUACAAUGGUAAACCUAUUAUUGAUAAAGAAAUAAUCUAGGUCCCGCAAGCUAGAAUUGUGUAAAUCUAACAAUCCUAGCUUGGAAACAUUAGCAAGAAAAGGACCCGGUGGCAGAGCUUUGGUAAAAAAAUCAACAAGUUGAUCCUUGGAACGAACUGGCAUAAGAUGAAUGAGACCAGACAAAUGCUUUUCACGAACAAUGUGGCAAUCCACUUCAAUGUGUUUAGUUCUUUCAUGAAAGAUGGGAUUAUUGGCAAUGUGAAUGGCUGACUGGUUGUCACAGAAUAGAGUGAUAGACUUUUGAAGCGGCAAGCCAAUGAAAUCCAUUAAGAAAGAUAACCAACUAGCUUCACAAGUGGCAACAGCAAGAGACCUAUAUUCAGCUUCUGCAUAGGACUUGACAACUGUGGUUUGCUUUUUACUCUUCCAGCUAAUGAGCGAGUUCCCAAUCAUGAAGCAAUAACCGGAAACGGAGCGACGAGUAUCGGCACAGGUAGCCCAGUCAGCAUCGGCAAAUCCAGUGAGAUGCAGAUUAGAAGUAGAG